UCCCUGCCCGGGGCUCUCCGAGGCCUCCCCGGGCCUCCCGGAGGCCGGCCCGGCACCGCGGCCUCGGGAGGGGGCCGGGCACGGCGGGCUUCGAGGGCUGCUUUUCAUUUUUUUUUAAUUUUUUUUUAAUUUUUUUUUAAUCGAUCCUUGGCGUUAUCCGCGCUCCCCAGCGGUCGGCGCUUCUGCCUCGGGAUUGAUUGGCGGUGCCAGCAGCGGCUCAGGGCUGCGGUGGCGCGGCGCGGGCAGGGCGGCAGACAUGUACCUCCUGGACAGCAGCGAGCCCCCCGCCGCCGCCUCCCCCGACAGGAUGCAGCGAGGGACCCCCCAGAGGAAAACCGUCUACCGCAUCUCCGUGACCAUGGUGAAGAAGGAGCUGCUGGGGCCGGAGAGCGGCGGGCAGCCCGGCCCCGAGCCGCCCAAGCACGGGCGGUUGCGCUGCGGCCAUGCACCCGGCUCCUCCAGCCUCACCAGGGCCGGGCUGCUGCUGGUGGAGGAGGAGGAGGGUGAGGAAGAGGGCGAGGAGCAGGACCGAGUGCCCAGCCCUUGCGGCUUCCGCAACUUCAGGACCCUCAGCACUGGGCAGCUGGAGCUGGGCCGUCUCAAGGUGCCGCGGAGAGCGGGGCAGCCCUUCCCUGCUGAGCUGACCUUCAGGUGGCCGCAGCAGCAAACCUCCACGGGACCAAGGAGCAGCCCUUCCCUGGAGGAUGCCACCCUCACCCCGGAGCCGGCGGCCACCUGUAGCCACGAGGAAGCCAGAGCUGCAACAGAGCCGGUGGCUGCUUCUCCCACGGAGGAUGCUGGGCUCCAGGCCCGCCGCUGGGCUGAGGCCGUGCAGCUGGGGGAGCCGGGCCACAGCCCCGGGCGGCAGCCAGGCCUGCUGCGGCGCAGCUUCAGCUUCAGGCACUGGAGCGGCGCGGAGCUGCUGCGGGCACGGGCGCUGAGCCGGGUGCGGCGGCACAGCAGCUCGGGAUGCCUCCCUGCGCCACCGGGGCCGCAGCCCAAAGAGGCAGCUGGAGGAGAGGGCUCGCCACCCGCCGAGCCGCCCGCCGCCGAGAAGCGCAACACGCUGGACGUGGGUGAGGUGCUGAGCAAGGCCGACCCGCUCUCCGAGCUGGAGCGCUGGGAGCGGAGCAAGAGCAAGAACCGCACGCUGGAUAACAGUGACCUGCAGCGGCUCUCGGAGCGCCUGGGGCGGGACGGCCCCACCGGCAGCCCCGCAGCCCACGAGCACCGGCUGCUGCGCUUCUUCAGCGGCAUCUUUGCCCGCAAGGAUGGCACCUCCACCCUCUUCGGCAGUCCCCACGGCCGGUCCCCACGCAGCAGCUUCUCCAGGUCAAGGGCUUAUUUUAGCAGCCUCAGGAGAGCCACCGUUGACAUAGAGUCCAGCUCCGAGAGCAUCGAUGGGUCCCCCCACAAAGAUGCCUUUGUAAAUAGCCAGGAAUGGACACUAAGCCGAUCUGUACCAGAGCUGAAAGUGGGGAUUGUGGGUAACCUAGCUAGUGGCAAGUCUGCACUUGUACACCGGUAUCUGACUGGCACAUAUGUCCAAGAAGAAUCACCUGAAGAUAUGGAUGCAGGUGGGAGAUUCAAGAAAGAGAUAGUAGUUGAUGGACAAAGCUAUCUGCUGCUGAUUAGAGAUGAAGGGGGCCCUCCAGAGGCACAGUUUGCCAUGUGGGUGGAUGCUGUUAUAUUUGUCUUCAGUUUGGAAGAUGAAGUCAGCUUCCAGACCGUUUACCACUACUACAGCCGUAUGGCUAACUAUCGCAACACUAGUGAAAUUCCAAUGGUACUAGUGGGAACUCAGGAUGCUAUAAGUUCCAGUAACCCACGUGUCAUAGAUGAUGCCAGAGCAAGGAAGUUAUCAAACGAUCUCAAGAGAUGCACUUACUAUGAAACCUGUGCUACGUACGGCCUCAACGUGGAGAGAGUCUUUCAAGAUGUUGCUCAGAAGAUUGUCGCAACAAGGAAGAAACAGCAACUCUCGAUUGGACCCUGCAAAUCCCUACCGAACUCUCCAAGUCACUCAUCUGUGUGUUCUGCCCAGGUUUCUGCUGUACAUAUCAGCCAGACCAGUAAUGGAGGAGGGAGUUUAAGUGAUUACUCCUCCUCUGUCCCAUCAACUCCAAGCACCAGCCAGAAGGAGCUACGGAUUGAUGUUCCUCCCACUGCCAACACACCAACUCCUGUCCGUAAACAGUCCAAGCGCCGAUCCAACCUCUUCACGUCUCGGAAAGGGAGUGACCCAGACAAAGAGAAGAAGGUCCUGGAGAGCAGAACAGAUAGCAUUGGAAGCGGUCGUGCAAUCCCAAUUAAACAGGGUAUGCUGCUAAAGCGAAGUGGCAAGUCAUUGAAUAAAGAAUGGAAGAAGAAAUACGUGACGUUGUGCGACAAUGGUGUACUGACCUAUCAUCCUAGUUUACAUGACUAUAUGCAGAAUGUUCAUGGGAAAGAAAUUGACUUGCUGAGAACCACUGUGAAAGUUCCUGGAAAGAGGCCACCCCGAGCUACGUCAGCUUGUGCACCCAUUUCCAGUCCCAAAACAAAUGGCCUCUCCAAGGACAUGAGCAGUUUACACAUCUCGCCAAAUUCAGGGAACGUGACUACUAGCACAUCUGUGUCUCAGAUGGCCAGUGGCAUCAGUCUAGUCUCCUUCAACAGUCGUCCGGAUGGUAUGCAUCAGCGCUCUUACUCGGUCUCCAGUGCAGAUCAGUGGAGUGAGGCAACAGUCAUUGCAAACUCUGGCAUUAGCAGUGAUACCGGGUUAGGAGAUUCUGUGUGUUCAAGCCCAAGUAUAUCCAGUACAACCAGCCCCAAACUCGAUCCGCCUCCUUCACCUCAUGCCAACAGAAAGAAACAUCGCAGGAAGAAAAGCACCAGCAAUUUCAAAGCUGAUGGUAUCUCAGGCACAGCUGAAGCCAAACGCAAAGCUUGGAAACUAAACCGUGUUGGUAGCCUGCGAAAUAUAUACAGCAGCAGCAGCACCAACACUGAAGAACAAGAAGAAAACUUCGAGUUUAUCAUUGUCUCUCUCACUGGCCAGACAUGGCACUUCGAAGCUACCACAUACGAAGAAAGAGAUGCAUGGGUACAAGCCAUAGAGAGUCAGAUCUUGGCCAGUUUACAGUCAUGCGAGAGCAGCAAGAACAAGUCCCGUAUGACGAGUCAGAGUGAGGCCAUGGCCCUUCAGUCAAUCAGGAACAUCAGAGGCAAUUCCCACUGCGUGGACUGUGAAGCACAGAACCCUGACUGGGCCAGCUUGAAUCUGGGAGCCCUCAUAUGCAUUGAAUGCUCAGGUAUACACCGAAACCUUGGCACACACCUCUCCCGGGUCCGCUCUCUUGACCUGGACGACUGGCCUAUAGAGCUCAUCAAGGUUAUGUCUUCUAUCGGGAACGAGUUGGCAAACAGCGUCUGGGAGGAGAACAGCCAAGGCCAUAUGAAACCUUCGUCGGACUCCACAAGGGAAGAAAAGGAGCGCUGGAUACGUGCAAAAUACGAGCAGAAGCUCUUCCUCGCCCCGCUGCAAUGCCUGGAGCUUUCCCUGGGCCAGCACCUCCUGAGGGCUACAGCCGAGGAAGAUUUGCGGACGGUCAUCCUGCUCCUCGCCCACGGGACACGGGAGGAGGUGAACGAGACCUGCGGGGACGGGGACGGGCGCACUGCCCUGCACUUGGCGUGCAGGAAAGGAAACGUGGUGUUGGUGCAGCUCUUGAUUUGGUAUGGCGUUGACGUGAUGGCACGCGAUGCCCACGGGAACACGGCGUUGGCCUAUGCCAGGCAAGCCUCCAGCCAGGAGUGCAUCGAUGUUCUCCUCCAGUACGGCUGCCCCGAUGAGCGCUUCGUCCUCAUGGCGACUCCAAACUUGUCCAGGAAGAACAAUAACCGGAACAACAGCAGCGGGAGAAUGCCCACCAUCAUCUGAGGAGCUUGUUCGUGUAUUCGCUGACCUGAAUUACAUCCGCAGCCUCAUAUUCCUCCAUUCCCGUCACAGCUCUGCUCUGUGAGUCUGACAACUUCCCUUUUUUUUCCCUUUUCCCUUCGGUGCAUCCCUGUCCCAUCCAGAAACAGCGCGUCUGGAUAGCGCGAGGGGGUGAGAAGGAGCGAAAGGGGCUGCAGAGAAAGCAGUUGUUUCAGUGACAGCUCUCCGACGAUGACAAGCGGGCAGCAGGAGCGCACGAGAGCGCGUGGGUUCUCUAGGACACGGCACGUGGCACGGGACCGUGGGGACGGCUGUCCCUGGGCACAGGCUCUACAAGUGCGGAAGGAAGGGGCGGAGGGAGACGAGAGCGGGAGCGAGAGGAGAAGAAAGGAGCGAUGGUAACUUUCCGUAACUGACAGUUAAGCACAUCAGUACAUUUCACCUCUACCAAACGGAACGGCUGGAUUUCAUUCUCUUCUCUGAAGAGCUUGACGGCAUAAAUCAGAAGCAAGCACAGAGUUUGUCAGGUUUGAAGCUCCUAUGAUGGUAUGUGUCAAAUCAGUUGUAGCUAAUCUGUCCAGGGAGAAUACUGGCUUCAUUACACUUGUAUAGUUGAGUUCUUCCAGCAUUACCGCUGUUUAAUAGAACAUGAUUAGUCAUCACGGAGAAAAAAGCAUAUUAGCUGAGGAGGUAGUUACAUGGCACGCUUCGGUGAUUGCUUGGAUGUGAUUGCAAUAUUCUUAGAAGCAUCAUAUUAUCUCAGACAUGUUCUUUCAAGCCCUUGGAGCCCUCCUUUCUAAAUUCACUGUCAUAAUUUAGUAUCUGUUUAAUUUUUCAGUCCAAAGAGAGGAAAUGAGUUGCUGAGUGUUAUUUGACUGCAGUCUCCUUGGUGUAAAAACAAAAUGGAAAAAAUAAAUAAGAGUAACUAUGAAACACAAAAAGGAAUAAUGAAUACUGCUAAGGAAAAACAUUUCAAGUACAUUUAGUAAAAUUAAUAAAUGCAUUAAAGGCUAAUAUUUUUUCAGCCAGCAGAAAUAUGUUCUGUCAUUUUGCCAAGGUAAACGUGUUGAGUUUUUGGUCACUCCUGUGAUGCAUUGCCUAACUUAUACAGAUUUUGUAUUGUGUCUUUAGAUUAUAUGUAUGUAAAAUCUAUUUGAAUAAAAAAAUCAUAAAUAUGCAUUGAUUUUUUUUGUACAGAAAAUGACAUCUCUGUUAAUUUAUAAACUGUAAUGGAUGUGUACUAAAUCAUGUGCAACUAGUUAGGAUCUGUGGAGUACAGAUCAUUGUACAUUGAAAAUCUUCCCAGCAGUGAACCCUAUUUCCAUUGCAAGCCUUUGAGGAACAUAUCAGAAUGAGAUUGUGGCACGCUUGGCAUGAAAAAAAAAAAAAUGUAUGAGACCUUUUAGAAAGGAAAAGAGGCUGUUUCUCAGCACUGUAAAUAUAUUUUACUUCAGAAGGCAUGAAGCUUUCACAAGCCAAGACAAAAAGCCAUAGUCUGGAUGUGUGAAGAUCAGAUUUGAUUAAUUUCAGAAUUGAUAGCCUUCACCAAGGCGGGCAGGGCAUGGCUGCGCUAACUCUGAACUUGGCUGCUCUCUGGAAGAAAAAUGGCUUGUGAAAGUAGCCUGGACAGUUCAUUUGAAUUCCACCUUGUAAUACGUAAUUUGAUUUUUUUUUUAAUUUUUUUUUUUUAUUAUUAUUUUGGGUAUUGCCAGACAGAUCCUAGCUUCUGCCAUUUUCCACAACCUAGGAUUCUGGCACAGGGAAGCAGGCUGUAAGGCUUUUGGCAGACAGAAAAGUGAUUUUUAAGUGGCAUAUGGCAAUGUGAAGAUGGGGGAAGGGCAUAUCACAGAGAAAGUUGAAAACUCAACUGAAUUAGAUGGCAAAGGAGCAAUUAUGUGAAGUCAGUGAGGUGCACACAGCAUAGUAAUUUGCAAAUCUACCUGCUCCGUCUGUAUUUCCCAAGCCUCCAGUGUUGUUCUUCCUUGGGGCUCUGUAUUUCAUUUGACAUCCAAACGGGAGGGGGAUAGCAGUCGCUAAAUAAAAUAUAGGUCAACAAAAUGUGAAGGGAAGAAAAAGUAUUCAGCGUAUCUUAAGGGAAAAAAAAAAUCAGAGAAUUACAGAUUUGGUGUAAAAAUCGUAAAAUCUUGGAAGGAAAGCAUGCCCCGAGGUGAAAAAAACUAGAAUACUGACCAGUUUUUUCUUGUUUUGUGGUGUUGUCAUUUUAUGGCUUGUUACUGUACAGACCUCUCUGGCUGUAGGGAGAUCUUUCUUUGGCUGCACCAGAGCAACGCUACAUCCAGUUCUGUUCACACUGGGAGGUUUUUUUAUUUUAUUUUAUUUUUUUUCCCUUGAGGAAAGGUGUCUGUUGUAAUUGCUGUUUCUCCACCAUCACCGUGCAGCUCCCUGAUCUUUGGUACUGACGGGUGGUCCUACAGUGACAGGACAGCCCACAUGGCUGCAUGGGAUGCUCGGAGCCCACCGCGUCCCGGUGCUCACGAGCCUUACACCUGCACCAGGGGACGCGGGGGGAACUCAGGAACUGCAGCUCGUGUGCCCAGGGGUUCCCCUGGGAACAUAUCGGAGAAGCAAGGCCGACGUUUCAAACACGUCGGCAGAUUUGCCAUAAGAAGUUCUCAGUGCAUGUUCCGUUUCUGAGCUGAAAAUUUCCUGUACCCAAUGUUCUCUGUGGGCCACCUUCCUCUUACAAGGCUGGGGGAGUGAUGUUGGAGAGACAAGGGCAGCCAGGAUGCCAUGCAGAUUUCAGGUAGAAGGGUUGUACGCUCCUUUCAUAAAGACUUCCUGAAGGUGAACCUUACAAAAUAUUUUUUUUUUAGGAAAGGGAAUUCCACUGUAUUACAGGAAAAAUGAUGUAUCCUGGCUAGCCAACUAAUAACCUCAUACUUUAAUCAAGCAGUAACACUUGCUUUUAACCUAAACAAAGCUUUCCCUUGGACACGUGUGCGUCGGCAGUGAUGAUGCUGAAGCCGUGCUUUUGUAGGCUAUGUGGUGGCUUCCCCAGAUGCCUGGGGGUGUUCAGGGAGGACGCCCAAACCCUGGGAGCCAGAGGACCGUGCGCCCGUGGUGGUGGAAGCACGGAGGCAGGCUUUGGUGGCUCAGGUUUUUUUCUCAGCCAUGGGUUUCCCUCUCCUCGCAGUUCUGGACAGAGAUGAGGUCUCGGGGCUCUGUGUGCUUUUCAGGGGAUGUGUUUGCACUUUGCAAAGGAUGUUCUUGAAGCCGCCCAGGUGCGGCACCAGUAUCGGUGCUUUGAGAACCUGCAGGAGCUGUUCCCGUUGCUCUCUCUCUGUUAACCUGUCCCUUUUCUGUUCCUCAUCUCGUGUCUAGCCCCUCUUGUUGCUUUUAUGGAACCCACUUGCCAGGCUGUUUACGCCCUUUGAGCAUGUUAUGAGCAAAUUAAAAACAAAUUGAAAUCCAGUCAAUAAGAAAUCCCAGCAGAAACAUGCUGGCUAAAUCUGUUGCUGUUUCUCAGAAAAUGGAGUUUGUGGCAGUGGUUCUCACCGAGUGCCCCAUUUAACCCUUUGCAUGAUCCCAAAUACUAUUGAAUCCCACUUGCUCUGCACUUUAUCCACCAUGACUACCACACUAGGAGUGCGUGAGCCUUUGCUACCAACAUCAGCACUUUCCUGCUGUUGACACGAGGUGAAUUGCCUAGAGUGGAGAGGAGUCGGGUGUGUUGUACCUGGCACCUGAGCCUCGGUAGUCCAGGACUUCAGGAGGGUUUACUUCUUCCUCGCUAUUUGUGAAGAGAGAAGACCCAACCUUGGGAAACUCCAGGGUCUCGCCAGUGCAGAGAUUUGGCCAGGGGCUCUUAUUACCAGAUUUCCAGUUUCGUUGCUGAAAGGGGGCAGAAAAAAAUAGCUAUUUCUGGCGUGACUUGGCGUCUCCUGAGCUAGGCGCAGCUCGGAAAGCCAGGCGAGCUAUUGGAAAGGAGAGAGGGUUUUUAAGCAUUUCUACUUGGGCGUAGUGUAUAAUAACUGUGUAAACAUUAAUAUUGUUUACCUUGCUGUCUUUCCCCAUUUCCCUAAAUUAUGUGUUAGUGCAAGAGGCUUUAGCUGCACUUGGAGAUUUCCCCUGGCAAGAGGAAGCUGAGUAACGUAGGGAGAGGAAUAGAGGUGUGAGUGCAGAUACACUCGUAGCGAUGAUCUCCAGCACUGUCAUGUAGUAUAAUUAGCUGAUGCGGUUUUCGGAUAGCUUCAUCCUUUAUAUUUGUAUGGAGAUCAUGAAAAAUGAAGUAAUUUGUAGUUUCUAGUGUAAAGUAGUGUUAGUGGAGACAAGCACAGAUUUCACACGAGGGCUCUGAAGGGGCCCUCUACAAAUGUCUCGGGGAGCCGUGUUUGCACCUUAACGGGGAACAAAUGUGCGUUGUGCCGGGAGGGACUCGAGGCGAAGAAGGAAAGUGUUGGGGACCAAACGUGGGGCGGUUUGUGUGGAUACACGAGAGCUAGCCCGUCGCAAUUCAUCGUCACGAUUCUUUGUUUCCCCUCUGAUGCCUGCUGCAGUUAUUAGCACAUGGGAUCUCUGGCUGUUAGUCUCGGAUCCUCCCUUCAACAUCGCCUUCCAUUUUGGUUGAUUUUGAGGUAAAACGUAUUGCGGAAAAAAACUUUGGGCUGUUCUUGUGUCUGCUGCGUAGCAAAAGAAAGGUCGCUCCAGAUUAAAAUUCUUUUUGAGCAAAGUAAAAACCAAAAUCAAACAAACAAACAAAAAAAAAAAACACAAAAUGUCCUGCAAUUAAUUUUGACUUCUUAAAUUCUAAGUUACAAAAAGAAGGUUGGUUUAAAUGGUUUUAUUCAAAGAGUAUCUCCUGUUUAAAACAAAAAAUAAUAGAGAGGUAAUAGAGCAAACUAUCCAAAGGUGUAGGUAGGUAGGUCUGUUGUAGUGCGAUAUUCUAGGUUUUGUUUUGUUGUUUAUCAUGGGCCAGUUUUUAAGUGGGUAUUUGGUGAUCUCAUCUUGAUUUGACUGAAUCCGUCUCACGUUUUAAAUAGAGGGUAGGGGGGGGUUGGGCCAAGAUUUUCCAGAGCUGUGAGUAGUUCUCGUUUUGGGAAAAGGAUUGCAUGAUUUCUGAAAAUAAGAUGACUUUAGUUUGUUGUUUUUUUACAAGUCACUAGUCAUGCCUUUGGUAAUCUUGGCCCCCGUGUUUCAUUUCAGGCGACAGCAAUAUGUGGGUGAGGUACCUCCCGUAGUUUACUCUUGUUCCCUGAGUGUCUGAGGGACUUUUGUUCGUGGGCAGAUGAAAGACAAGUGUCUUUGUACAUUUCAGCAGUUUUAGCCCCUUCUUACGUGUCCGCAUCUCUCUCAAGUCUCUGUAGCGUAUUCACGUGGUAGUGGUCAGCUCUGCUGACGUGCAAAGCUUCAGCUUUCUCUUGGCCAUGACCUGCUGGACGUGUGUUUGCUUCCAGUACUAAGAGUUGACUAUUUUGCAGUGCUUCAGAGCUCGUAAUUUUUACCUGUGUGUUAUGUACAAAGCGUGGAGGGGGGUGGGGGGCUUGUCGAGGUCUAAUGGCAUGCGUUUGGGAUGACCGUGUUGCUUGCUGGCAGUGAAUGCACCAUCAGCUGUUUUGUGCACGCCACGUUUUACAGAGCCGAUCGGUGUUUUGUGUCUGACAACUUCCCAUUCUUCCCUCUUUCUCACCUCCCUCUGCCUGUGGUUAGGAUAACCAAAAACCGUGAGUGCAACCGCGCGGGGACCUCGGAGCAGUCCCAGCUCCUCUUGGGUAGCUGGAAACACUUUCCGAAUUGCAAGGUGGAGGGAAUAAAACCCCAACAGCAGACGUGGUAGCACCUGAUCUUUGGUAGAGUGAGGGAGGGUUUGUGUUCCCCCAUCUGGGGGAACCAAAAUUUUACUUUGAACAUCAGCUAACGUGUGCUGAGGCUUUGUGCGUAGCGAGGGGUCCAGGGAAGCCUGGCCAGCUGUUACCCAUGCCAUUGCUACUCCUGCUUUUGGUUUAGGGGAAAUUGAUAAGGAUUAGGCAGGGUCAGCACGCAGAGGACUGUUUGCUGGAGCUAGGUAGGGUACCUAUGGUGGAAAACACGGCUGGGUGUGCCAGGGAGGUGCGGGUGCUGUUGAAAACCCCUCCGAGCAUUUUUUCCUACUUAUCCACAGUUUCACGUGGGUUCAAGACCUGUUGAAUCCACUGGCAUCGUUUUGCCAGCCCGCAGGGAGAAGAGGAUGGUGGUCCUCUAAAAGCACAGCCCGUUUCUCUGGGGAAAUACAAACUUUCCAGGGGGCCACGAUGCGCCCCAUGCAUUUGGUCCAGUUCUCAUGUACUAGUGUAACCUCGUGAGCAUUUUUCACUCGUGCACGGCUCAUACGGACGGGUGCACACACCGCAGGGCUUUGGGGAGGGGUGUCCUUCAAAACUCGAGGGCUCGUUUCGUCUUUCCUUUGCGUUCUCUCACCUUGAUGUCUCUGGCUCAGGAUCGCCACGGGCCUCACUCUGCAGUUAUGUGAAACCUCUCGACUUCACCGAGAUUUGAGCACAUCCCCAAAUGCUUUGCCAAACCCGAGGCGAAGCUGUUUGGGAGAGGCAGAAUUGGGCCCGGAUGCAUUCAGGGCUGUAUCCCAACCUAGCUGAAGUCAGAGUUUGGUUUCAGUGGGGCCGUGGUUUGGCGUGCAGUCCUAGCCAGCACCUUUGUGUUGGGAACUGGCAUCAUCACUGCUUGGAAAUGGAUGUGUGCUCUGUUUCUCUCAGUUUCUUCUUACCCUGUGACCGACCACACGGCUAGACGUCACAUUCACGCGUGCUUAGCCCCCAGGUCUUUCCAUUUUUCUGCUUUGUGAUGUUUGUGUUCCUGGUUAGGAUGGGGAGAAAGGGAGCCCAGGUGAGUAGGGACACCUGAGAACUGUGUUUGGGGUAGAGGCAGAAGAUUCCUAGCACAUGGCAGACUUUAUAGCAAGGUUUUUUUGUUUUGUUUUGUUUUGUUUUGUUUUUCUUUUCUGUUUCUGUAAAUAGUAAUGUAUAAAUGAUGACAAGACAGUGUGGAAAUUAUUAAAAAAUACGUCUUUUGUUGUUGUUUUUAUAUUACCUCAUUCAGCAAGUUUGUUUUACAAUGACUCAAUGAUGCUUUAUUUAUAUUGUUUGUACUGUAAUUAAAACAAUUGACAAACAUUUCACUUUGCUUGUUGUUUCAUAUGAUUUUGUUUUGAUUAAGUAUGCCAGUCUGUAUUAUGUUUCCCUUUACUCUCUCUUCGCGUUGAGAUUUUUGUGUCAGCUGUACAGUAUUCUGAAUAAAAAAAAAAUAAAUAAAUAAAAAAGGAAAAAAAGUUGUAAAGUACUGCAGAGGGAGACUGCUAUAUUGUAUAGGUCUCUUUCUAAUAAAGACAAGAAAACUUGUUCGUCA